GCGCGUUGUUGUGUAUCCGGCCUGCUGUCUUCUUUCCCGCGCAGUUCGUAUUGCCGCUGCUCUCAGGAGUUACUUGUGUAAUUUCUCAGCCGCAUUGCAUUUCAGAUUUCUUGUCUAAAAUACAAUUAGUCGAAGACAGAAGAAGAUGUCUUACGAGUAUGACCAGGCUAGUUUGCCGGACCUGCUGCCGCUUUACUAUCGCCGGCUUUUCCCGUUUUCCCAGUACUUUCGCUGGCUUAAUUAUGGAGGUGUCACAAAGAACUAUUUCCAGAACCGCGAGUUUUCCUUCACCCUGAAAGACGACAUCUACGUGCGGUACCAGUGUUUCAGCAAUCAGAGCGAACUCGAGAAAGAGAUGCAGAGAAUGAACCCGUACAAGAUCGACAUUGGUGCUGUGUACUCACACAGGCCGAGUCAACACAACGCAGUGAAAUCCGGGACCUUCCAGGCGCUGGAGAAAGAGCUGGUCUUCGAUAUCGACAUGACGGACUAUGAUGAUGUUAGAAAGUGUUGCAGCGCUGCCGAUAUCUGUUCCAAAUGCUGGACGCUGAUGACCAUAGCCAUUCGUAUUCUGGACCGAGCUCUGAAAGAGGAUUUUGGCUUCAAGCACCGUCUGUGGGUUUACUCGGGCAGGCGAGGUGUCCAUUGCUGGGUCUGUGACGAAGCAGCCAGAAAACUCACCCAGUCUGCACGUUCGGCCGUGGCAGAGUAUCUCAGCACAGUGAAGGGAGGUGAAGAAGCUGUUAAAAAGGUGCAGCUGUCAGACCCCAUACACCCCUUUAUCAAGGAAUCGUUGAAGGUGUUGGAGCAUUACUUUGAGGAGUAUGCCUUGGUCAACCAGGACAUCCUCGGAAGCAAGGAAUCUAUCGACAAGGUCCUGGCUCUACUGCCUGAAGAGGUCAGAGACUUGCUGCAGAGUGAUUUCCUGAAAGCCAAAACCGCGUCCCAGCGCUGGGAAUGUUUGAAGAAAAGGGUAAACCAAAUGAAGGGAGUUCUAAAGAAAGGUAUUCACGGAGACUGGGACAUCAUGUUUCAGUACUGCUACCCUCGUCUGGACACUAACGUCAGCAAAGGAGUAAACCACCUGCUGAAGAGCCCUUUCAGUGUGCACCCCAAAACAGGCCGUGUUUCUGUGCCAAUUGAUCUGAAGCAGCUGGACCAGUUCGAUCCCUUUGCGGUGCCCACGAUCAGCUUGAUCUGCCAGGAGCUGGACAAGGCCUUGGAAGGGGACGAAGACGCGAACGACAAAGAGAACGAGGGAGAGCCGGAGCAGAAACGACGAGUCCGAGACUACAAGAAAACAAGCUUGGCAAAGUAUGUGAAGGUUUUUGAGCAGUUUGUGGAGAAAAUGGAGCAGUCUUGGAAAGGGGAGCUACUGAAAAGAAGCGAUCUGCAAAAGGACUUCUAAAUACACACGUUCCAGGAAACAGAAAGCUUUAAUAGAGGCACUGUAUCAGAAGAAUUCAUUGUGCAGUGUUUUUUGUCUUCUGCAGUAGUAUUGUGCUGCUGUAGCCAGGAAUCGGUUAUAGUACAGAGUUGUUUUCAACCCAAAGGUUGAGUAUCCUGUAUCUGAAACUAGGUACACCAGGCUGCCUUGUGUAUUGUGUUUCAUUUAGAUUGUCAAAAAACUGUUUGUAAAGACCAUGUAGUCUGGAGUGUUCCUACUGAUUUAUUACAUUACCAGUUUGGUAGGAAUCAGCAGAGACUUUUUCUUCAUUUCCCAGCAGAAUGAGAGAUUGCAAAGAUUCUAGUGUUUCCCAUCUGUGCCAGGUGCUUUGUACAGAUUGAGUUAAUGCAGGGACCCUUGAUCUCCUAAUUGUGUAUUUUCAUUUUUAAAUACAAGUUUGUACUCUGUGCCGCUGAAAAAUAAGUUGUGCGCUGCUGUAAUGAAGGUGUAAUAAAAUUAAUUUUAUAUGACAAUAAUA